AUGGGGUGGGCCCCGCGGAGCCUGCUGAGGUGGUGGCCGGAGCUGAGCCUGUCAAUCGUGGACGACGUCGUUUGGCCGCUGGUGACGGCGUUCGAGUCCGUGGCCUUGGUCUCGAUGCUCUUCUUUUUCUUCGUUUUCUGCGGAUGCACUGUGUGA